AUGAAACGAGCGGCUCCUCACACCAAGAGUGGCGACGCAGAGAAACUGAUCAAAUAUUACGAAGAUCGGGCCAUCAAGGAGCUUCGAUUUACCGUCAAUGGGAUGCCUGUUCACGUGCAGAAUAUUGACCCGGAGUGCACUCUAUUAGAGUGGCUGAGGGCAUCUGGACUGUGUGGUGCCAAGUUGGUCUGUGGGGAAGGGGGGUGCGGUGCCUGCACGGUGUCUGUGUUCACUACCGACAUCGUUACCGGCAAGCCCGUGCAUCGAUCUGUGAACUCGUGCCUAGUGUCCGUCUGCGAUGUUUCUGGGUGUGAAGUAACUACGAUCGAGGGUGUCAAAGGCGAUGAUUGCGAGGCCAAGUGUGACGCAAGUGAUAGCAGUACAAGGGCCGGCGCGUGCAACUCGAGAAGACAUGGUGGGUCUCGCUCGCUUCGUAAUCUUGGAA